CUCUCUCUCUCUCUCUCAGCAAGUUGCAACAGGAACUCAACUUCUUAUAGCGCAUCUCCGAGAACCUGCAUCACAAAACAGCGCAACAGUGGACAGAUCGGAUCUCUGGACGUGUUUUUACGAUGUGUCUGGAUCUCAUCCUCAAAGCAGAUCCUCACGUUUUCUAUAGGACGGAUAACAUUUGCGUCAAGCAUUAAUACAAUGCAGCAAAUGGAUAUUCAAAGACGUGCACUGUUAUAUCAUGUAGUUUAUCAAGCCACGCGUAAAGCUUCCAAGUUUCGUACAACUAGGAAAAGCAAAGAUUUGAUUCCUUUUUACGUCUGCAAUUUGAGAGUGCUGUUGACCUUUAUGUAAAGAUGAUCUAACCGCGUGUUCCGCGUUAAGACGCGCUUCUGUGCCGGAUCAGAGCAUCACCAUAAGCACCUGGAGCUCUCAUUCAGCGGCUGCGGCACCAAUGGCGUGAUCCUCGUCUUUGCAAUGGAUGAUAAAUCCAACAAACUCCUUUUAGUUCCCGUUUUGACCGUUUUGUUUGUGAUGAUCGGCUAUCAGUACAUCUGUCCAGCAGGCAGCACGUCCUGUCGGUUUGGCAACGGAGAGGGUUUUCCGUUCUCCAAAUAUCCAGCAGACGUCAAAAGAGAAGAGAACGAAGAAGACGCUUCGUUCAGAUUUCAGUCCAAAUUCAACUUCACGCGGGACGACCUCGAGCGCCACGUGGAUUUCGACAUCAAAGGGAAUGACGUGAUCGUUUUCCUCCACAUCCAGAAGACCGGAGGAACCACGUUCGGGAGGCACCUGGUGCGGAACAUCCACCUGGAGCGCCCGUGCGACUGCCGCUCCGGCCAGAAGAAGUGCACAUGCCACCGGCCCGGAAAAGCGGAGUCUUGGCUCUUCUCGCGCUUCUCCACGGGCUGGACUUGCGGUUUGCACGCGGACUGGACCGAACUCACGAACUGCGUACCUGCUGUGAUGAACAAAAAGCUAAAGAAAGACGCGCUGAACAGACGGAGCUUCUACUACAUCACACUCUUGCGGGACCCCGUGUCACGUUACCUCAGCGAAUGGAAACACGUUCAGCGUGGAGCCACAUGGAAGACGGCUCUGCACAUGUGUGACGGUCGUCCACCGACCCCUGAUGAGCUGCCGGCCUGUUAUAGCAGUGAAGACUGGACCGGAGUGACUCUGGAGGAGUUCAUGGCCUGCUCCUCAAACCUGGCCAACAACCGGCAGACGCGCAUGCUGGCUGACCUCAGUCUGGUGGGCUGCUACAACUUGUCCUCAAUGAGCGAAGAGCGACGCGCAGAGCUGCUCCUCAGCAGCGCCAAACGCAACCUGCGCCGCAUGGCCUUUUUCGGCCUGACGGAGUUCCAGCGUAAAACACAGUUUCUCUUCGAGAGGACGUUUGGCCUGCACUUCAUCGCCGCCUUCACUCAGAUCAACGGCACCCGGGCAGCCGGGGUCACGGUUGGGACAUCCACGAGAAGACGCAUAGAGGAGCUGAACGCUCUAGACAUGCAGCUGUACGAGUACGCAAGGGAGCUUUUCUUGCAUCGCAUUCAGUUCUGCCAUCAUCAGGAACGGCAGGAGGAGAAGAAGAGGAAACGGCAGGAGCGCAGGACCAUGAAGCAACAGAAAACAUCCGCCGUCUGGCAACAGGAGGACAACAGAGCAAAGGACACAGUGGGAAAAAUGGAGGUAACUGGGGUGACAGAGGACUACAGCAGUCAGGUGGUGAGGUGGUGAUUGCAUUGUUCUCUGGCUGUGUUCAGAAUUGCGUACUACAUACUAGCAUACUACUCUUAAGGUGUACACGGUGCAAACUAAUGCUCAGAUGGUUGAAGCUCAUAAAAUGUGAGAAGAAUUCGGACUGUACACACUGUCAGAAAUAAAGGUACAUGAGCUGUCACUGGAGCAGUACCUU